UCAAUUCGCACGGCGAAACUCUACGCGGCGAAAAGUCCCUUCAAUAACGCGUCUGUUUUGCACGGCAAGAAAACUGCGCUACUUUCCCAUCUAAAAUUUAGUGAUUCGUUGAAAAAAUGUUAAAGAAAACAAUAUAAUUUGUAGGAAAACUUGCAAAAUAGUAAAGCAGCUACAGAGCGCAAAACCCGCACUCAAUACCAUACGCAAAUAAUCGUUGUGCCGUCGUGCAAAAGUCUUAGAAAAUGGAGUCGUUAUUCGAUAAACUAAAAUCAGAGCCCCCGGUUAAUAAAAAAGCUGUGGAGCCCCCAAAAAAAGGCGAAACAAUCAAGGCUUCGAAGCGGUCACCUUCGCCUAUGUCGCUUAAAGAUCUGCAGACGCCAAAUAAAAUUAAAAAGCCAACAUCGAAACGUGCUGAGAAAACAACUGCACGGCGUGAGUCUAUGCCGCCACCGGCAACAAAUUUCGUUGCGAAAAGUGUAAGUAAAAGCCGCAGUUUGUCCCCACCAAAAGGAGUUUUUGUUAAACCAUUCAAAGUGCUUUUGGAAAGAAAGAAAACUGAGUUUUGCAAUAAAAUUGGCAAAUCAUCAAAAACGUCAACGCCGAAAAAACGUCUGAGCCAAGAAGACCGCUCCACCUCCUCUUUGAAAAAUGGCGAAAAAUCACCAAAGAAAGCAACACCUACGAAGGCUCAACAAAAGUUGUUCGACCCUGCAGUACUUGUAAAGGCGCAACAGUUAACUCAGCUUAAGGUAAAACGUUGUAAUGUACGUUUGCUGCGUCAAGAUUUAGCAAAGCUUCAACAGGAAUUUCGUGCAAAAAGGAAAGCUCUAAAGAAAAAUAAGAUAUCUAAUAAACAAACUAAAAAUAUUGGUAAAAACCGCAAGAGCAAUAGUUCAUCGCCAUCUGAAAAAGGCUCUCCUCCCAAAAGGGGCCGGCCACCUUCUGAUCCGAAGCCACAGUCUGGUUUCUUCAUAAAAUUAAAUGCACUUACUAAAUCUCCAAAAUCAAAAGCAAGAGCAGAUAAACCAGUAAAAGAGAAGAAGUUUAGUACUGGAUCCAUUGCGAAAAGAGUUAACGCCGCUGCCGCCGUUUCUAGCACCAAGCCAACAAAGUUUACAAGAACACAACUAAUAAAAAUGUAUGGCAAGCGCGUAUUUUGUUCACGUGUUAAAAUUGAACGUUGUUCACAUCCCAUGAUGUUAAUUUUUGAAUCGAACGCCCGUGCCCGACGACUACAAGCUAAGCGUUCCAAAUCUAAAAAUCUGUCUGUGUCUUUUCGUGACCAGGUUGAAAUAUUUGGAGACAGUAGCGAUUCAGAAGAAGCGGAUUAUAGUCAAAUAUUCGCACCCGAUGUUGCUUCAACUUCGCAAGCAGCACUAAAAUCAGCAAAUCCGGCAAUUAUGUCACUUACAGCGACGCCGGCUCGUCUGAAAAAAGUUGAAAACGGUAAAGUAGUCGAUGAUAUUGAACUCGACCCCUCUCUCUUUGUUGCCCCGGCAAUUGCUAGUACACCUUAUGCAUCGGCCGGACGAAAGAAGCGUGAGAAAAAAUCUUUCAGUCCUCUAAAAGGUGACGGAUCGCCUAGUCCUCGAAAGGAACAGCUAAAAUUGGCAAAUGAGAAAAUGCCACCAAGUAGUUUACGGCGGUUAACUGCAGAUGAAGUGGAUGAGGAUGACGAUGAAGAUGACGAAUGUGAAUACAUAGUGCCCAUCGAAAUACCUGAAAGACGCAUAUCACGAACAAGUUCAGCAACCGCAGUCGAUGAUGUCGUUGCGGAAAUUGAGCCGCAAGAACUGGUUCCCAAUGAAUCUGAAUCUGCUUUGGUUGAUAAAGGAAUUGCAGAUGGCAAAUCAGGCUCUGGCCACGAUUCCUCUGGGGAAAGUUUUGCUUCUGCAGUAGAACAACCGGCUUCUGUUGAUAAAUCAGGCAGCACUGAGCCAAAUAUUGAGAAGGGUGUUAAUGAGGUAGCUGAAAAUAUUACAAAUGGUGCCGCAGCCCUAAAUACUGAGUCUGUUGAAACAACUAAAGAUGUCAUGCCCGAUGCGAAAGAGGACCUCGUUGACUCUGUUGCAGCAGAGUUACCUAAACUCACCCGCAUUGAUUCAGUAUCACCUUCGCAAUCAUUAAACUCAUUAAAUGAUAUAGUAGACUCUCUUAUAAACAACGUAAAUGAUGACCGCGGAACUGAAAGUACCGACUUGGCAAAUACUAUGGAUGCAGUGGCAAUAACAAAUAACGGCCCUGAAUGUGACACAAAUGAGCAAAACGUGCCUGAAGAACUCUCUAUAGGCGAUACUAAAUUGUGUGAUACUCUGGAUGAAAAUAUAUCACUGCAAUUGUUUGUUGAUGACUCGACGAUCAAAGAUAGCGAAAUUGUAGAUGGAAUUGUAAAGGAGCGUAUCGAUGAGAUAUCUAAAGAUAAAAGUCUAGACUCUCCAGUUGAGGUAUCUUCGAAUAUUUUGAACUCGAAGAUGGGAGUCGAGUGAUGAUUUAGUAUGUGUGAGACCUCUACAUCAUUCUCUACGCAUAAAGUUUAGCGGUGUACAAUUAAGAUCGCAAAUUUGUGAAGACCUAUUAUUAAGGAUAUAUUAUUGGUUAUUUUUUAAUUGAACCAACAUUUUGUUAUAUCCCUAAGAUUUUUUUGCGGGCAUUUGCAGUCGUUUAUAUUGAACUAUACUGACUAUUAAGUGCUUUAUUCCUUUCAUAAAUUGGUAUACCGAUAUUUUACGAGUAUCUCAAACAAUUUGAUUCUUUGUUCACCUUUUUGUGUGUAUAUACCAUAAAAACAAACAAGGAAAAAUAUGAAAAAAAGCAUCUAGUUGAGAGUUACUUAAAGUAAUUUAAUACAAAAUAUGUAUCUACAAUAAUAUUAUAUUCAAGCACAAUUUGUAAUUUCAGUUCUCUACAUAAAUGUAUGAAACCAUUAUACAUUGAACACUGACGAUAAAGUGCAUUGGCUCUCCAACACAUACUUUGCUAUGAACAAACAAUUAUAAUUAACAUUUCCACUCAUUCAAAUUUUAGGACAAUUAACUUGUAAGUUGGUUUUAUAAGAAUUUCAUAAUUAAAAGUGUGUCCGUACCGUAAAUUGAUAAAUAAACAAUACUGAGAGAUGAA